AUGCCUGAAAAGAAAGAAGAAAAAGGAGAAGUUAUUUACAAAUUGAUGAAUAAUGUUAAUCAAAUAUUUAUAGGUUGUAAAUGUUUUGUUGAAAAAGAUGGUAAACAGAGGUUAGCGGAAAUUCUAUCGAUAAAUACAAAAAAUAUAGGGCCAGCUUUCUAUGUUCAUUAUGAGGACUUUAAUAAACGUUUGGAUGAAUGGAUCACAUCGGAUAGAAUAAAUUUAGAAAAAGAAGUUCAAAUUCCGAUAAAGAAAGAAGAAAAGUCAACUAAAAACAAGAAAAAACAUCAGAAAAAUAAUAAUAGCAAUGACAAACAUAAAAAACAACAAUCCUUACCUUUAAAUAAAUCUAACGAAAACUUAGAAACACCGGAUGUUAUUAUGGAUUUAGAUAAUCUAAACGUACAAGGAAUACCUUCAGAAAAACUAAGUAGAGAAGAUGAAAUAGAAAAAUUAAGAACAUCAGGUUCUAUGGUUCAAAAUCCACAUCAGGUGCUGGCAAGAAUCCGUAAUUUAAACAAAGUUAUUAUGGGAGAAUAUGAAAUUGAGCCGUGGUAUUUUUCACCGUAUCCAGUGGAUCUAAUUGACAAGGAUGUGAUCUAUAUAGAUGAUUUUACUUUACAAUAUUUUGGAUCUCAAAAGCAAUAUGAAAGGUAUAGAAAAAAAUGUGUCCUACGACACCCUCCUGGAAAUGAAAUUUAUCGGGACGAUUAUGUUUCCUUUUUUGAGAUAGAUGGAAGAAAACAGAGAACCUGGUGUAGAAAUUUGUGUUUAUUAUGUAAAUUGUUUUUAGACCAUAAAACUUUAUAUUAUGAUGUGGAUCCAUUUUUGUUUUAUUGCAUGACAAGAAAAGAUGAAUUGGGUCAUCAUUUGGUGGGCUAUUUUUCAAAAGAAAAGGAAUCUGCAGAAAACUAUAAUGUGGCCUGUAUUUUAACAUUACCACAAUAUCAAAGACUAGGAUAUGGGCGACUACUUAUUGAUUUUUCCUACGAGUUAUCAAAGGUUGAGAAGAAACUUGGAUCACCGGAAAAACCUUUAUCGGAUUUAGGGUUGUUAUCUUAUAGAGCCUAUUGGGCAGAUACUUUGAUUAGACUAUUAGUUGAGCGUAAGGAAGAGAUUAGUAUUGAUGAAAUAAGUCAGAUAACUUCUAUGACUACUACAGAUAUUUUACACACGGCUAAAGCAUUAAAUAUUUUGAAAUUUGUUAAAAAUCAACACAUUAUUUAUUUAACAGAAGACGUUAUUAAAAGAUACGAAAAGCUACAGGCUAAAAAAAGGAGAACUAUAGAUCCAUCUAAAUUACAAUGGACACCCCCAGUUUUUACACCUGCUCAAUUAAGAUUUGCAUGGUAG